AUGGCUGUUCCAUAUCCACAAGUCGUUCUACUAGGCGACUCACUGUUCCAGUUCUCUGUCGACACUGACGAAGGCUUUUCGUUCGAAGCAGCUCUGCAGUCUAGGUAUUCCCGUCGUUUCGAUGUCGUAAAUCGCGGCUUGUCUGGCUACAACACUGCCAACGUCUUGAAGUAUUUUGAUCGCCUUUUUCCGGAGAAAACGUCAUCGUCUCCAGAAAUCAAAUAUCUUGUAAUUCUUCUCGGUGCUAAUGAUGCAGUCUUGCCGCUUCCCAACACUUGGCAGCAUGUCCCCCUGGAAAAGUAUGGCGAGAAUUUGAGCAACAUCAUUGAACACCCACGUAUCCGAGCCCACAACCCAAAAAUUUUGCUUGUAACGCCACCGCCAUUGGACGAGAUCAAGACAACAGAGGAUGAUAAAGCAGAAGGAUUCCCAUGCAGCAUACGUCGAGCAGCAACGAGCGCUCAAUAUUCUCAAAAAGCCCGAGAUGUCGCUGCGAAAUACGACAAUGUGACCCUCAUUGACCUGUACCAGGUUCUUAUGGACAAGGCCAUUGACAUGGUACCAGGCGACUUUGAGAAGGGUGGACCUUUGCCAGGCACACUGGAUAACGGCAAGCGCGCAGGACUGAAGGAGCUUCUUCCAGACGGGCUUCAUCUGGGAGGCACGGCCUACAGAGAAUUCUACAAAAUUCUAUGGCCGCAUAUCGGACAUGAAUGGCUUCAUCUGGCCGAGGGGGACCGCACGGGCUACGUGUUUCCAGACUGGCGAACAUUCGAGCCCAAGAAAUGA